AUCUCCUGACAAUUUCACCACGCUCCAUUUUAUUUUCCAAUCAUUUCCUAUUCAGUCGGCUUCUUUUAUAAGUGCAAAAAAAAAAAUUAGUGCCUAAUAGUGCAAUCAAAAAAAGUAAUAUAUUACUGUUAAUAAUGUAAUCUUUAUAUUGAUUUAUUGAUUGUCGUUUGGCACAAUAUACUUGCAGAAAAUCUAUACAAAAAUAUUGUUAAAUAAAAGAAAGAAAAAAAAAUGGAGUCAGAUUCUAGACGAAAAAGAAGUCCAAGUGAAGAUUCCGAUGAUGGACAUCGUCGAAGAUCACGAAAAUAUGACAGAUCACCAUCGCCAAGGAGAUCUCGUUAUAGAAGAUCACGAUCGAGAGAUCGUCGUUCACGAUCAUCAUCUCGCGAUAGAAGAAGAGAAAAAACAAAUAGAUCUCAAGAUUGGAAUAAAGUACCUUCUUCAAUUCCAGCACCAUCAACAACAACUGCAACAUCAGCGGGCUAUGUUCCACCUCAGGCAUCAUAUCAGGCUCCGCCUCCACCAAAUACAACACAACCACCCCCACAGAUAGGUGCAUACGCUCCAGGUUACAGCAAUUAUAGCUACAAUUAUGGUCAAGGAUAUGAAUAUUCUUAUCAACAACCGCCCGGCUAUCGCAGCGAUUAUCCACCUCCCAAUUGGCCAGGAAAUCAAGUAUCAUAUAAUAAUCAACAAGCACCGCCGCCACCAUCACUUUCAACUGCACAGGAACAAUCGCGAAAUGUUGAACCAGUUCCACCAGGAAUGGUGCCACCAACAUUACCAAGACCCGAGGAUGCAAAGAAAGAAGCAAUCGCAGCUGAAGUGAAACAACAAAAAGCAACACUAGCGAAACAACGGGAAGAAUAUGUUAAGAAAUCGGCAACACUUCAGCGUGAAUUGGAAAUUUUGAGGCAACAAUGCGAUGAAAUCGGCAAGGAAGGCGGAUGUGAGAAUAAUCGAAUUAUCAAGGAAAAUCAAAAACUUCAGGUUGAGAUUCAAAAUAAAAUGAAAUCAAUUAACAACGUUAUUGACAUGCUUAAUGGCAUAAUUGGCGAUAAAGUAACGGUGGAUGAUCUUAAGAAUAAAUUCAAGCCAGAAAACAGGAAUAAACGAUCAAAAAGUCCAAAAGAAGUAUUUUCAGCGGAAAAAAUUGAAACGCCUGAAAAAGUGGCACCAUUAGAAUCUGAUAGAGAGAAUAAAUCUUCAAAAGAUGAUAAACCAAUUUAUAAUUUUGUACAUUAUGAUCCUGAAAUGCAUUGGUGUAAAGUUUGCGAUAUCUUUCCAAAAACAGCUAAGGAAUAUUUGAAUCAUCUACACAGCAAUAAUCACAAAGAAACUUGCUUAGAACGCAAGAUCGUAGAUAUGCCGUGGCACGAGCACGUUGGCGAUGGAUCAGAAAAAGAAGUGCCGUACUAUCCUGGCCUGCCAACGAAACGUACACCAAUAAAAGGUUUGCAAUUCUUCAGUCCAGCCACUGCGUGGUAUUGUAAACUCUGCGAUGCAUGGAUCGGCGAUCUUCACUGCGCUAGCUUGCAUUUGAAAUCAAAACGACAUUCCGAGAAUUUUUCUCGAUUCGUAGAACAGAAUCCACACUGGGAAACUGAUUGGAUGGCUGAUCGUGAAAAGGCGUUCUCUGAAGAGAAGCACAAGCAAAUUCAACUUGAAAUACAAAAGCAUAAGGAAGAUGAACAACAACAGCCUGCGCCCACUCCAAAGCCGAAAAAAGCGAAAAAGAAUAAGAAAAAAUCAAAGAAAAGUAAAAAACGUAAGCAAAAGAGUAGCAACAGUGAUUCUUCCACAGAUUCAGAAAAUACUGAUUCAGAUUCUGAUCAAGAUACAUCGAAAAGUAUCAGAGUUGCCAUGAGAAAUAAAAUGAAGGCAACAACGCAAGCAAUUUUAAACGAAGAAAUCGAUUAUCAUGGAAUUAAAUUGAAAGGACCAUGGACACAAGUUGCUCAACAGCAAAUUCAAAAUAUAACAAAUUCCGAACUUCACUUACCCGAGACGGACGAUAGACAAUUAUUAAAUUCAAUACGUGACAAACUCAAAGCAAAACAAGAGGAAGAAAUAAAAACCAUGAAUUGUCGAAAGCAAGGAAUUGAAAAAACAAUACAGGAAUCUGAACAUGAGAUGACAAAUUUUCAGAAGAAAGAAGAUGAAAUGGCAGCCUGGGGCGCUAAAGAAUCGUCAAAACCAUUUUGGCUUAAGAAAGAAGAAGACAAAAAUCAAGUGCCCAACAAACCAGAAAUUCCCGAACCUAAAGAAAUACCCAAACCACAUAUGGGAUUUUGGACAAAGCAACAAGUCAACAUGCCUCCCAAACCCGUUGAAACAAAAUCCAUUGACAAGGACGAUGAUCGUGAUCGCGAACGUGACAGAGACAGAGAUCGUGAUCGAUAUAAAGAUGAACGCGAUCGAAAAUAUGAUCGUCGCGACGAUAAAUACGAACGCUACGAUAAAUACGACAGAAGACGUGGUCGCGAUCGUGACAGAGAUCGUGAUCGUGACUACUAUGACGAUCGUCGAAAACGUGAUCGUGAUUCAGGCGAUUCACCCCGUCGUAAUUGGCGCGAAAGUCCAAAAAGAGGUUACGACAAAUAUAAAGAACGUCGCGAAGACAGCGAGCCAGACGAUUCAAAAUUUGACAAAAAAACAAAUGAUUCAAAAUUAAAAAAAAACUCCGCACCACCGAAGAAAUCCUCCUCCAUCACAACAACAACAACAACAACAAAUGCUCCAAUAACAAAAGGGAAACUCCCUUUUAUAGGGCGGCUCCCCCUUUUUAAAAAAAAGGUUGAGGAGCCGAAACUACCAGAAAGAGAACCACUACCACUACCCUAUACUCAGAGUAAAUUUGAAAAUACACCAAAAGUCCCAUGUGAAAUUAUCAAUCCACCAGGUAUUGUUCACAUCACAAAACUCGCAACUCCAUUAAAUUUAAAUAAUACAACACUAAAACCACAAAUGAAAAUUCUUGUUGCACCACCGCCGCCAGUUCUCAAGGAAAAUAAAAUACAGCAAGUCGUUGACAUGGAAAUUGAGGAUCAAUCCGAGGAAUUAGUCAUCGAACAGCCAAUUAUUGAUCAUCAGAAGGAGACAGCUAAAAUUCCUGUCCCCACAGCAUUGCCACCAAUGAAUCAACCGCCACCGAAUUUUGUCAAUCAACCACCACCGUCAGCGCAAAAUGAUAAAACAUUUAGUAGACCACCGCCAAUUUUUAAUAAUCCACCACCUGUUACAUUCACUCAAAAUCCACCGCCAAGAUUUCAAGUACGUCCAAAUUUUGUUCAAAAUCAUCAUCAUCCUCAUCAUCCUCAUCAUCCUCAUCAGCCACAAAUUACGCCUCCUAUCACCUAUUCAAAUCCACCGCCAACAUUAGGUGAAAUAAUGGUACCUGACGUUUCCGAUAUACCAGAACCAACUGAUAAACGUCCUGAAAAUUCACAUCCUCUACCUGAGGAUCUUCAAGAGGCGUUGAAUAUUAUUUUUCCAAAAGAUGAAAUACCUGAGACAAAACCAAAUUCCCAGGAUAAUAGCAUUAUGUACGCAUCAAUGUACAGUAUGCUUGGCUGUGUUGGUUAUGGUCCCGAGUAUAUGGAUCAACCUCCACCAGAAAUUACUCAACCAGAACAGGAAAAUGAGGCACAACCAGGACCCGAUGAUUUAAGAAUGCUUGGUAUUGACGAAGGUGAUUGUGUUUUGUGAAUGUUUUCUUCUCUUCAACAUAUUUUUUCACAGUGAAAACAUAAAAAAAAAUUUUAAUUCAAAGAAAAUAAUUACUAUAAUUGUUAUAUACAUAGAUUUUCGAAUGUCAAGUUAUUCGAAAAGAAAGUUCUUUUUUUAAAAAAAAAAACAAAACUCACAUCGAUAAAAAUAAAAAUAUUUUAUCCAAUAAUUUAAAUAAUCUUUUUUCCAAUUUUUGUAGAAAAAAGUUUUGUGAUUCUUAACAAAAAAAAAAAAAAAAAAAAAAAAGUGAAAAACAAUUGUUGCUUGAAAUUUCAUUGUAUUGUAUGGAAAAAUCAAUUAAGAUAACUUUAAUUAUCUUUCAAGUUUAAAAUGUAUUAUUAUUACUUGUCUUAUUUGAAAAAAGUUUAAACAAAAAUUUUUUCUAUAGCGGCUUUUGUUUAUAUUUUAUUAAUAUAUAUAUAUAUA